CCUGCCCUCCUGGGCAGCCAGGGCAGCAAGGACGGCACCAAGGGAGUUGCCCCAUGGACAGGGCCCCACAGAGACACCACCGAGCCUCGCAGGAGCUGCUGGCUGCAAAGAAGACCCACACCUCACAAAUUGAAGUGAUCCCUUGCAAAAUCUGUGGGGACAAAUCAUCUGGGAUCCAUUACGGGGUUAUCACCUGUGAGGGGUGCAAGGGUUUCUUCCGCCGGAGCCAGCAGUGUAAUGUGGCUUACUCCUGCACCCGUCAGCAGAACUGCCCCAUCGACCGCACCAGCCGAAACCGAUGCCAGCACUGCCGCCUGCAGAAAUGCCUGGCCCUGGGCAUGUCCCGAGACGCUGUCAAGUUCGGCCGCAUGUCCAAGAAGCAAAGGGACAGCCUGCAUGCUGAGGUGCAGAAACAACUGCAACAGCGGCAACAGCAGCAGAGGGAACAAGCGGCCAAGACCCCUCCUGCAGGAGCCCAAGGAGCAGACCCCCUCGCCUGCACCUUGGGGCUCCCAGAUGGGCAGCUGCCCCUGGGCUCCUCGCCUGACCUGCCGGAGGCCUCAGCCUGUCCCCCCAGUCUCCUGAGAGCCCCAGGCUGCGGGCCCUCCUACUCCAACAGCUUGGCCAAGGCCGGGCUCAACGGGGCCUCAUACCACCUGGAAUACAGCCCUGAGCGGGGCAAGGCCGGGGGCAGAGAGAACUGCUAUGGCACAGGCAGCCAGCCGGCCCCUGACAGGUGUGGACUCCACUUCGAGGACCCCAGGCACCCUGGGCUUGGGGAACCAGGACGGGGCCCGGACAGCUACUUCAGCCCCAGUUUCCGCAGCACCCCAGAGGCGCCUUAUGCCUCCCUGACGGAGAUUGAGCAUCUGGUGCAGAACGUUUGUAAGUCCUACCGAGAGACGUGUCAGCUGCGGCUGGAGGACCUGCUCGGACAGCGCUCCACUGUCUUCUCCCGAGAGGAGGUGGCCGGCUACCAGAGGAAGUCAAUGUGGGAGAUGUGGGAACGCUGUGCCCACCGCCUCACCGAGGCCAUUCAGUACGUGGUGGAGUUCGCUAAGAGGCUCUCAGGCUUUAUGGAGCUCUGCCAGAAUGACCAGAUCGUGCUACUCAAAGCAGGAGCCAUGGAAGUGGUGCUGGUCAGGAUGUGCCGGGCCUACAAUGCUGACAACCACACAGUCUUUUUUGAAGGCAAAUACGGUGGCAUGGAGCUCUUCCGAGCCUUGGGCUGCAGCGAGCUCAUCAGCUCCAUCUUUGACUUCUCCCACUCCCUGAGUGCCUUGCAUUUUUCCGAGGACGAGAUUGCCCUCUACACGGCCCUCGUCCUCAUCAAUGCCAACCGGCCAGGGCUCCAAGAGAAAAGGAAAGUAGAACAGCUGCAGUACAAUCUGGAGCUGGCCUUUCAUCACCAUCUCUGCAAGACUCAUCGCCACGGCAUCCUGGCAAAGCUGCCACCCAAGGGGAAGCUUCGGAGCCUGUGUAGCCAGCAUGUGGAAAAGCUGCAAACCUUCCAGCAUCUCCACCCCAUCGUGGUCCAAGCUGCUUUCCCUCCGCUCUACAAGGAACUCUUCAGCACUGAAAUCGAGUCACCUGAGGGGCUGUCCAAGUGACCUGGAAGAGGGACUCCGUUCCCUUCCCUAGAGCCUGGUGGCUCACCUUCCCCUUGGCCUUUUCCUUUCCUGUGCGCCCUGGAGGGUGGUCUCUGCCUGUUUUGGGGGGGUGAGCAAAUGCGGAGACUGGCUUUCUGCCCACCAGCCUGCCUGGCAGCGGGCCAAGAGCUACAGGGUGGGGAUGGAGGAACACCAUCUCCAGCCUCAGCUUUGUCCUGGCCCCUCUCAGCUUCUGGGGGACCUGGGGUGGGAUACAAGGACCUCUAGGAGGACCUAGGUGUCCUCAGGACAACAGGGGGAUCCAGGACACCCUGGACAAACAGAACUCAACUCUGGGCUCAGAAGCUAAGAAUAGGCCUUUGAAAUACCUCAUUGCAUUUCCCUGGGGCCUUUGGCUGGGGAGAUGCAUCAAGCUCAGAGACUGGCAUCUGGAGCCCAGAAGGACCUGUAUAUAACAUGAAUCUGGAUCUUUAGAUUUUCUGCCUUCCCCCUUCCUCCCAGCUCAGCAAGGAAGUUGUUGGGAACCCUGGGGUCUAAAAAAGACUAGAUAUGUGGAGGGUAAGGACGGGAUGGGGGUAAGGGAGGGGCUGGGGAUAAUAUUUUUAUGGGAUUUGGGUAUAAGGAUAGGGUAUGACGAAGGCCAAGAGCAUCACAGACAGACAGACAGACAGAGGGUUAGAACUCAAACUUCUUAUGUGCACUUUAAAAAUAGACUUUAGUGGUUACACAAAUCUGAUCAGAGACACAUGUCCACAUACAUGUGAAACACAUACUCACACACUUAACCUGUAGUCAUGCAGCUCUAUAGACGCAUUUAAUCUGACAGUCUCUGUCUUCCUUGAGGUCACAGAUCAGAGGAACUUAGUGGCCUCAGGGAAGAUCCCAAUCCUGAGGGACCCCAGAACAUUUUCACCUGGUGCCCCAGUUCACCAAUCUUAGACGUGGGGUGGCCCAAACUCUAUCCCAGCCCCGGCUGUCUUCUGUCAAAGGAAACCCUAAAAGAAGAGAUGGCUGGACACUGAUAAGUCAGAAGGCCAAGGACAGACCCCCGGAGGACUGUCUGGGCCCCAUCCUCCAGCCCUGCUCUCGUUAUGGAGAAAGGCAGCAGAUGCGAUUCCACCACUCUGUGCCUGGGUACCACCAAGUCUGGCAGGGUGAAGGAGACCUGUUUCUCCAGCCGUGAUCUUGCCCGAGAACUUCUCUUGCCUUUAUAAAUAGCUGUGAGCCCUCCUCUGAGGGAUAAACAGCAGGUGGUCAGGA